AUGAGUGACAAAGGUCCAAGAUUUCGAUUUUCUGAAGAUUUCGAUUUACAUCUGGCCAGAGAAGUGUAUGGACAAAACCCUUAUGAGGAUCCCAGAAGAUGGGGAACAAUUCAGAUUAAUAUGUUGCAAAUCACUGGGCGGAAUGUAAGCAUUCGCACUUUCAGGGACCGAAUCCAAAAGUUGGUAAAAAAAUAUUUGGCCAAGUCCACAGAUUUGAAAGGAAAGGGUUAUUUGGUGGAGAAAGAAAAUAACAACAUGCCAGAAAAUGAUUAUGCCUAUGUUGAUUUCAAUGAGGGACCAGAAGUUGCCAGUAACAUUGAUAUUGGAAGUGGAGGAGCAUCAUCAAUUAUUGAAGAAACCAGUCUUAAUACCCCUCAAAAAAAUAAGACCAACAUGGAUAAGCCUUCAAAAAAACAUGUUUCUCAAGCAAAUAUAUUAACUCGUAAAAGAUCAGCUGUGAAUGCAAGACAGAGUACUGUGCAGUAUUUAGAAAAAAAGAAUGAGAAAAUUAAUGAAAUCAGAUUGAAAGAGGUAGCUCUCCAAGAACGAAAACAACUCCUAGAAGAAGAUAAGUGGGAAAUGGAAAAACAGGAAAGAUUGAAAAGGUUAGAACUAGAAGAGAGAAGGUUGAAAAUGGAUGAGAAAAGACUCAAGAUUGAGCUGGAUUUGUUUUCCAAUCAACAAGAGCUUAUUAAAAUGUUAUUUACCAAAAAAGAUAAAUAG